AUGAGUUACCCGGUGGACGCGGUAGGUAGCCCCUUCAGGAGAAGUAUGGAUACUAGGACGACCGGCUACGGGUACAGCCGCUCCGGCAGCUCCCCCUCCAGCGGCUUUCGCUCCCAGUCUUGGUCCCGGGCAAGCCCCGGCUCCACCAUGACCACGUCCUACAAGAGGAGCGUGAACAUGCCGGUGUCCCGAGCCUACAGCUCAACGGUGCUCAGCUCCGCCGACAGCGUUGAUUACAACCAAACCUCCAUCCUGAACGGAGACUACAAGCGAUCUAACGAGAAGGAGCAACUCCAGGGGCUCAACGACCGGUUUGUGGUUUACAUCGACAAGGUGCACUACCUGGAGCAGCAGAACAAGCAGAUCGAGGCGGAGAUCCAGGCAAUGCGGCAGAAGCAGGUGUCGCGCUCCCAGCUGGGAGACCUCUACGACCAGGAGCUGCUGGAACUGCACUCCGUGCUGGAGCAGAUCCACCACGACAAGACGCAAAUCCAGCUCGACACCGACCACAUCGAGGAGGACAUUCAGCGGAUCCGGGACCGCUUCGACGAGGAAGCUCGCAUCCGGGAGGAGACAGAGGCCAUCAUCCGCUGCCUGAAGAAGGACACGAACGACUCCGAGUUGGCGAAGUCCGAGUUGGAUAAGAAAGUUCAGUCGCUGCAGGACGAGAUCGCCUUCAUCCGCAACAACCACGAGGAAGAGGUGAGCGAACUCAUCGCCCAGAUCCAGGAGUCGCAGGUGACCGUGGAGAGGAGAGACCUCCAGAAGACGGACAUCACCGAGGCACUGCGGGAGAUCCGCUGUGAGCUGGAGGGCCACUCCAACCAGAACCUGCAGCAGGUGGAAAACUGGUUCAUGUGCCGCUUCUCCAAGCUGACCGACGCUGCAGAGCAGAACAAGGACGCCAUCAAGUCCGCCCGAGAUGAGAUAUCCGACUACCGGCGCCAGCUGCAGUCCAAGACGGUGGAGCUCGAGUCCAUCCGCGGGACAAGAGACUCGCUGGAGAGGCAGCUGAAUGACAUCGAGGACCGCCACAACAGCGACCUGUCCAGCCUGCAGGAGACAAUUCACCAGCUGGAUAAUGAGCUCAAGAGCACCAAAUGGGAGAUGGCUCGUCACCUGCGCGAGUACCAGGACCUGCUCAAUGUCAAGAUGGCCUUGGACAUUGAGAUUGCUGCAUACAGGAAACUCCUAGAGGGCGAGGAGACCCACUUCAGCACUUUCCCUUAUCGUCAGGCGGUCACCCCCACCAAAAUCUCUAAACCUAAAUCAAACCUCCCCAAGAUGAAGGUCCACCACAAGUUUGUAGAGGAGAUCAUCGAAGAGACAAAGGUGGAGGAUGAGAAGUUAGACAUCGACGAGGCCCUGGCCGAAAUAGCACAGGAGCUGUCCGCCACCCUCGGAGGAGGGGGAGAUGAGGCUGAGGAAGAGGAGGGGGAAGAAGAAGGAGAGGGGGAGGAAGCAGAGGCAGAGGGCGAGGGGGAAGAGGGAGAGGUCGUGGAGGAGGAAGUUGUAGCCGCCACUGAAGCCAAAGUUACUUCCAGCGAACCCGCCGAGGAGGAAGAGGAGCAGGAUGAAAAAGAUGGCGAUAAGGAAGAAGAGGGUGAGGGAGAAGGGGGUGUAGAAGGAGAUAAGGAAGAAUGUGAGGGAGAGGACGAGGGAGAAAAGGGAGAUGAUGCAGAGGGAGGAGAUAAAGAAGAAGAGGGAGAGGAGGUAGUUGAGGAGACGGUCUUGUGCUCCAAAGCUCCAGAAUCUAAAGCCUCUCCUGACAAAGAGAAGGCCGGAGACAAAGAAGGCAGCGGAGAUGAAGAGGAAACAGCUGCUGAAGAGGAGGAUGGCGAACAGGAUGAAGAUGCAGGUAGUGACAAAGCAUCCAAAAGCGGUGAUGAGAAAGAGGACAAAGAUGAUGCAGACAAAGGCAAGAAAAGCGAAAAAGAUGAGAAGUCAACAGAUGAGAAAGCAGAAGAACCAGAGGCCAAGAAGGAAGAAGCUGCCAAAACCGAGGCAACAAAACCAGAUUCCCUAAAGUCUGAAUCCCCAAAACCAGAUUCCCUAAAGCCUGAAUCCCCAAAGUCUGAAUCCCCUAAACCUGAAUCCCCUAAACCUGAAUCCCCCAAGUCUGAAUCCCCUAAACCUGAAUCCCCCAAGUCUGAAUCCCCUAAACCUGAAUCCCCCAAGUCUGAAUCCCCUAGACCUGAGUCCCUUAAAUCUGAUUCUCCUAAACCUGCACCUCCUAAGUCUGAGUCCCCAAAGAAGGCUGAAUCCCCCAAGUCUGAAUCCCCUAGACCUGAGUCCCUUAAAUCUGAUUCUCCUAAACCUGCACCUCCUAAGUCUGAGUCCCCCAAAGAAGGCUCACCAAAGGAUGGAUCCCCAAAACUAGGCUCCCCAAAAACCGAGUCCCCCAAAGAAAAGAGCGAGGAUGUAGAAAAGAAAGAUGUAGCCAUGAAUGGCGAUGUAGACAAGAGCAGCCCUGAAGAGAAAGAGCAGAAGGACGAGGAAAAAGAAGACGACAUUAUCGCUAACGGCAUGGACGAAAGUCCCGUCAAGGAAGAUGGCAGCCAGAAAGUGGUGAUCACCAAAACCGUGGAGACCAUCACCACCGGAGAGGACGGAUCCAAGCAUGUCACCAAAUCUGUCACUGUGACCGAGACAGUGAAGGAUGAGGUGGAGGAGGUGGUCGAGGAGAAGCUCGUCACCGCCAAGAAGACGGAGAAGCACUCCACCCAGUCCAUCAAGCAGGUGACAGAGAGCGAAUGA